AUGGCAACGAUGAUGUCCGUGUUGAGAGGAGGACAAGAUCAAGAUGGUACUAAAUUGGAUCGUCAUGUUGAAAGUGUGAACACUGGUGAGGAUGGCGUGAUUAUCUUAAAGGACGAUAACGAUGGUGAUUGUGAUGAUCAGGAUGGUGGUGGUGAUGAUGAUGGUGAUGAUGAUGAUGAUGGUGGUGGUGGUGGUGGUGAUAAGGAGGAGGAUCAUGAUGAUGAUGAUAAUGAAGGUGAUGGUGGUGAUGAUGGUGGUGGUGGUGGUGGUGAUAUGGAGGAGGAUGAUGAUGAUGAAGGUGAUGUUGGCGGUGGGGAUGAUGGUGGUGAUGGUGAUGAUGAUGAUGAUGAUGAUAAUGAUUAUGAUGAUCGUGGUGCUGGUGGUUAG